AAAAAUUUACUGGACCGGCGGUUUAACAAUAAGUUACUGAACCGCAAAAUCGAUUAACCGAAGGAAUUGGGGAAAAUAAUUUGCCCCAAUUUGCAUUCUUGUCAUAAUUGCAAACCCUAGCAAUCUUACAAUUUCUCAAUCAUUUCGGGUCACCCGUUUUCCUUUCAAUAGGCCAGUAUUCCACCCGGUGUUCUAAAGAUGCUACAGAAUGUUCAGCACCAACUUUUGCAAUCGCCAGCCCGGCUGGGCCUGCCAACUCCCAAUUCACCGUCUCUUCAGAACCCAAGCCCUCCUCCUAAGUUCUCUUCGCAAGUGUCACAACCUCAUCCACCAAAUCAACAGGCAAAUAUAUUAACCACCACUACUACCUCAUCGACCCUCCUUCCUCUUCUCCCACCUCUCUCCCGAGCUCAAUCUCUUCUCAUUCAAAUGGCAUCUCUUGCUUCAAAACUCUUUGAAGUCUCACCUAACCGGGCCCAUUGGCUCAGUGCUUUUCGAGGAUCUCUUCCUUCAUUUCUGCCCUCUACGCCGCCGGUUCCACGAGAUUCCUCCCCUUCAUCGUCAAAAGAAAUACUCUCCGUGUUUACUUCUCUUCAGACACAGUUGUUUGAAGCAGUUGCAGAACUGCAAGAAAUUCUUGAUCUUCAAGAUGAGAAGCAAAAAGUCAUCCGCGAAAUUAGGUCAAAAGAUUCUUCGAUCCUUGCUUUUGCCAACAAACUCAAAGAAGCUGAGCGUGUUCUUGACAUGCUUGUUGAUGAUUACUCUGAUUAUCGUCGUCCCAAACGGGCCAAGUUGGAAAAUGAUACCGAAGAAUCUUCAGUAACAACUGUGGCAACUCAGUUGAAAUUAUCUGACAUAUUGUCAUAUGCUCAUAGGAUAAGCUACACUACUUUUGCACCACCUGAAUUUGGUUCGGGACAGGCGCCUCUUCGGGGAGCACUCCCUCCGGCCCCACAGGAUGAGCAAAUGCGUGCUUCUCAAUUAUAUAACUUUGCUGAUCUUGAUGUUGGCUUACCUAAAACAGAUGAAGCCAAGAAGAUUGUUGAGCCACUCAUUGAGCCUCUGGCAGAAACUAACCCACUUGCUAAUCUUCCAAAUAUUGUAGUGCCAUCUGGAUGGAAACCUGGUAUGCCCGUCGAGUUGCCCACUGACCUUCCACUUCCUCCACCUGGGUGGAAGCCUGGCGAUCCAAUUGCACUUCCUCCUAUGGAUUCUCUUUCACUUCCACCAAAGGUCGAGGAAGCACAAGCACGACCAGUACCUCCCGCAGGACUACCAAGAAUGCCAGAACCAAUACAAGUUCGGCAUGUGCAGCUUGAUAUUGAGGAUGAUAGUAGCGAGUAUAGUUCUGAUGAUGCCAGCUCUGAUAGUGAAGAUUGAUCUGGUUAGCUAAUGAGUAGCUAAUACAGGUUCGACAUGUGCAGCUUGAUACCGAGGAUUAUAGUAGCAGUUAUAGUACAAAUGAGGCCAGCUCUGGUAGUGAAGAUUGAAAUGUUUAGCUUUUACCUUUUGUUUUGAUUUCCUCCAAUAUCACCUCUAGGAAGUUCUAGAUUCUCAUGUUUUUGGCAUGAUGCAUUAGCAACAUGAAGCUCACUGUGCUGAAAGUUUUGAAGUUCUGUAUCUGAUGGCUUGACAUAACUGUUUGAUAUGUAUAUCUUUUGUUGAUGUUGUAGCCAUGGUUUCUGGUUAUGCUAUUGGUGGUGCUAUUGAACUA